UAUCACAUACAUUGGGUUCAUUGACCCGCACACAAUGCAUGUUAAAACCAUAGAGAAUCCCCUCUAUAACAAGGAUACACCGCAGACUUUGCUAAGGUUUUUGAAGCGACAACGUGACAAAAAGCUAAUACUUUGGCCUUACAACUUCGAGUUUCACUUUAUUCUUCUCGUCAUCAAUUUGGAAAUUGGAGAAGUUGAAGUCUUGGACUCACUAAGCAAAAAAUCGGAUCUAUACGUGUCUUGUUUUUUAAUGCUCAGAAGCGUAUGGCAAACUUUCAUCAAGGAAGAUACGUCCCGUGAAUGGACACCGAAGCUGCGAUGGCGUGCGAAAAAAUGCCCGCAACAACCUCCGGGGACCGAUCUCUGUGGAUUCUUCGUUUGCGAGUGCAUCCGCAGAAUUGUCAGCGAGAGAACGAAUAAUGAAAGAAAUAAAGAGUUGGCAAGAAAGCGGAACAAGCUCUCAAUCGAUGACCGCUUCAUAGCAAUAGGCGAGGAAUUGGCGGGAUUUUUCCUUCGGGACGUCAUACCACCACUCGCAGAGUACCACUAUGAAUGAAGAUGUACAUGUUACAUAUAUAGUUGACUCGAAGAGUACCACUAUGCUACAUGUAAUAGACAUAUAUAGAG